GGGUUAGGGUUUAAGGCCGCUUGCAGGCGUUGAGAAGGAGGACGACGAUGAUGACGGGUCAUCAUGGAGCUUUGGUUUGUGCCUUGUGAUGGGCAGAAUUGGAAAUUUGCUUCUCGAGUAGAGGAAGCUUAGAAUGAGCAAGUAGUCUUUGUGUUGCACUGCGGAUUCUGGGAAUGGCCCCAGGGAUGAAGGGCAAAUGUCUCGGGAAGGGAAGGGCACGCAGGGCAAAUUUCAGGGGGAAGAGAGUGGACGAGGAUGAGGAGAUUCAAUCCCUCGAGGCGCGAAUCGCCGCAGGAGCGCCUGCGCCAGGCACCAAUCCUCUUGCGUUCACAAUUGCCAAGGAAUCGGAUGAGAGUGGGAAGAAAGGGGAGCCAGGGGACGGGGAUGCUCUGAAGCCGUAUGCCGGAGCCAAGGAUUUCGCCGCGUUGCCUCUCUCGGACCGGACGCAAAGGGGUUUGAAGGAGCAUAAGUUUGUGCACAUGACUGCUAUUCAGAGAGCGGCGAUACCCCACGCGCUCUGUGGGCACGAUGUGCUUGGCGCAGCGAAGACUGGCAGCGGCAAGACGUUGGCCUUUCUCCUGCCGGUAGUUGAGAAGCUGUAUCGAUUGAAGUGGGGUGCUGUGGAUGGAGUUGGUGCCAUCAUCAUUUCUCCCACACGAGAACUUGCAGGUCAAAUUUUCGAUGAGCUUCGAAAAGUCGGCAAACACCAUUCAAUUAGUGCAGGGCUGCUUAUAGGAGGGCGAAAGGGAGUGGACACUGAGAAAGAAACUGUAAUGAACCUGAACAUAUUGGUUUGUACCCCUGGCCGGCUGUUGCAACACAUGGACGAGACACCGAACUUCGACUGCUCACAACUUCAGGUGCUGGUGCUCGAUGAGGCAGAUCGCAUCUUGGACAUGGGGUUUUCUGGAACUUUGAAUGCUAUACUGGGACAACUUCCUAAGGAGAGACAGACAAUGCUUUUCUCCGCCACACAAACAAAGUCGGUAAAAGAUUUAGCUCGUCUGAGCUUACGAGAUCCUGAAUUUUUGGCAGUUCACGCAGAAUCUGCAGCGGCUACGCCAGCUAGGCUUCAACAAACUGUUAUGAUCGUCCCUUUGGAUGAGAAGAUGGACAUGCUCUGGAGUUUUGUAAAGACACAUCUUCAAACUAAGAUGCUCGUCUUUCUAUCUAGUUGCAAACAGGUGAAGUUUGUACAUGAAGCAUUUAGACGACUUCGGCCUGGUAUACCUUUGGCCUGUUUGCAUGGGCGCAUGAAACAAAUGGCAAGAAUGGCCACUUUUUACAAAUAUUGUGAAUCUAAGCACGCACUCCUCUUUGCUACUGAUGUCGCAGCACGAGGAUUGGACUUUCCAACUGUUGAUUGGGUCCUACAGGUAGAUUGCCCUGAAGACGUGGCCACUUACAUUCACAGAGUGGGGCGUACUGCCCGUUACACUGCAUCUGGCCAUUCUCUUCUCUUCCUUGCACCGUCAGAGGAGCCUAUGCUGGCUGCAUUGGAGGCGGCGAAGAUUCCUGUGAGAUUGAUCAAGGCAAACAAGGAAAAGGUUCAACCUGUAUCAGGGGCUCUCGCCGGAUUACUAUCAAAAGAUCCAGAUUUGAAGUACAUGGCUCAACGAGCAUUUACAACAUAUCUCCGCGGUAUACAUGUACGUGCAGAUAAGUCAAUUUUUGAUGUAACUCAACUUCCACAUGCCGAGUAUGCCGCAUCAUUGGGAUUGCCCACAACGCCGCGCAUCCGUUUCCUGAAGAGAGGGGUGAAGGGUGGCAAGAAUAUUCAAGGCUCAGAGCAGGAUGUUGGUGGAGGAACCGACGAAGAAAAUGAUGGGGAAGAUGAGGCUGAACCUAUGACCACUUUAGAUGACAAAGAAGAGACAACUAAGGAGACAAAUGGUCUUACAGCGAAGAAGAAAAACAAAUUGGAUCGACUUUUUGCCCGGAAAAACAAUGACGUUCUCUCUUCUGCAUUUGACAAAAUUAGAGCACAUGACGAUGAUGAGAGUGAUGGUGAGGACAACAGUGACGCUGACGAGUUUUUGACUAAGAAAAGACCAAGAGAGCAGGGAGAGGCGGACGAGUUCCUGACAAAGAAAAAACCUAAAUCAGACGCUGAAGAAGUAGAGGGCAAAGCAAUGAAAAUGAAAAGCUCGGGUGUCAAGAUCUUGAAAAAGAAUAAGUUGAAGAUAGAUCCUAGUAGGGCUGGAGCACAUCGCAUGGUGUUUGACGAUGAGGGUGUUGCUUUGCCUCCCUUAGAAGCUCUUGCUAGACAAAGCAAAGAAGUACUCAGCGCCCCACCAGGUGUGAGUAAUGAAGUUGUGGAAGCAGCGAAUGAACGGUACAAACAUCUGAAAAUGGAGAUGAAACAAAGAGACAAGGAAGAUCGUCUUCAAGAGAAACAAAGGCUACGAGAGAAGAGAACGAAAAUGAAGCAAAAACUGCGUGCUGUAUCGGAUGAGGAUGAGGAUGACGAUGAAGUUGCAGACAGUGGUGGGGAUACUAGUGAUGCGAGCGACGGUGAGAAUAUCAAAGAAAAACAGAGGAGAAAAUACAGGCGAGCAGCAAACGAGGAGAAUGAAGAGAGUGGCAGUGAUGGUGAAGAUAGUUUCAGAAAUGGUAGUGACUCAGAUGCGCCAUCACAGAAGCCGAAAGCAAGACGCGUAGGUCGAAAGAGGGACUCCAGUGAAGAUCAUCCCUCUGAUGUUCAGGAGUUGUCAUUAGCUGAAAAAGAGGCCCUUGCUCUCAAGCUUUUGAAAAUGAGAAGAAAAUAAGAUGUUACUUUUCAGUCUGGCCGGACCCAACGUCAUUUUUUUGUAGAUAGGACCAUAGGACCCAUUUCAGCUUUCUCUCUAAAUACAGAGAUUGCAACCAAAACAGGUCAUCAGGAUAGCACAUCAAAUGGUGUGAUCAGCAAGUAUACAGUUGAGAGUAUUCCCAUGAUUUCUACACUUCCUUUUUGAGAUAGUAUUGUUCUACUGAUUUCAACUCGAUGUAAGAUGAGUCACAGUUCUACACAACCUCUAUUAAUUGUAUGACUUAUCUCAAAAGAGCUGAUUAUUGAUUAUCUGGAUUGAUUGAA